CGUUUUGUCCCUUCUAACGACCCGUCCUUCGUCUAGCUUUCCUUUCUUCCUGCUCGCUGCUUGACUGGAGUUGUCAGGUGUCCGAUCAUCUUUAGGUACUAUGGAGCAGAUUAGUAAUAUCCAGGUGGUUUCCUGCAGCAGCUCCAAUUACUUGAAACCUUUCAGGGUUCACUACAGCCAGAACGGAACCAAGAAAUAUUGGGAUUUCAUGAGAACACAUGACAGUGUUUCAGUCUUGAUCUUCAAUACUACCUGUCACUGUUUCAUCCUGGUCAAGCAAUUCCGUCCCGCUGUGUAUAUGUGUGAGUGGGAGAAAAGCAAUCCUCAACACCCUGAAGUGGAAGCAAAUGAAGGGGAUGAGACCCUGGAGAACCAGUCUGAGCCUCCACCAGCCAGUGCUGGAGUAACAUAUGAACUGUGCGCUGGUUUAGUAGACAAACCAGAUUUGUCAUUGGAAGAGAUAGCCAAACAAGAAAUCCUGGAAGAGUGUGGCUAUGAUGUGCCAGUGUCAAAGUUACGAAAGAUCACUUCAUAUAGAUCUGGAGUCGGCGUGACUGGAGCCAAACAGACAAUGUUUUACGCUGAAGUAUCUGAUGAGAACUGCGUUGGAGAGGGAGGUGGAGAGCCAAAGGAAGGAGAACUCAUUGAAGUGGUGAAGAUCCCUUUGCAAGAAGCCAUGAACUUUGCUUAUGAUGAAAGCAUCAGCAAAACCGUUGGGGUCAUCUUCAGCUUCAUGUGGUUUCACAGCCACAUGGCUCCCAAGUAUAAAAUCUCCACAAAUGUGUAAUAUUUGCUGAAAGUGAAUUUUAGCCUGAAGUGAGCAGUGUUUUGGAAACGAUAGACUAGGUAUUAUUAGUGUUUUAUGAAAAAAUGUAAUUUGUGAUCCACAGUUUCCCCUGACCAAUUCAAGAUAGUCAUAAUUGAGCAGACUGCAAGAGAUGCUACUGGACUGAAGAACUGGUUGUUUUUAUUUCCUGUAAAAUUAUGAAAAAAACUAAUUUGUUCCUCUUCAUGUAAUUGUAAACACUAUUUGUAGCCACCACAUUCAUCAUUAAUAGUGAGAUGAGAAUUCUUUGAGUGAGACCCUGUUAACCCUUCAAAGUGUGUUACAUUGGCCAGUUACCUGACAGCUAAGCAGGCUGCACGUGGCAUGAGAAAGUCAGAUUGAACUGAAGCAUUUGAACUCUUUGCUGCUUGAGUAGGGUCAUUCCAGAAAUAUCUGUUUCACCAUUAUUUUACUUUAAACUGCCAUGUUUCCCUAAACGUACUUUCCCAUGACCAGAGGUGCAUCCAGCAUUCUGUUAUUUCUGAGAGAAACUUUUAAUUUUUUUUUUCUCUUGAAUUUCAAACCUUUCAUUUUAGGGGAUGCACUGUUAAUAUUCAUUAGUAACACUGCUGUGAUUGAAAGAUUGUAAGGCACUGAAAACUGCAUGGUAGUACAGCAAAUGUAUAGGAAUUAAUAAUAUGGUUGCAUCAAUGGGCAGUGAAGCCUAUUCAAUCAAAAAUGUUUUGGUCAUGUAACAUCAGUGGUUUGAUUCUCACCAAAGAUUCAUACUCUAUGUACUACAACUUUUCAAAGAUUUUCAUCAUUGCAAACAUGUUAAACAUAAAAUUUAAUCUGAAUGUAAAGGAUCUGAAUUGCCAAGCUGCAACUUGCUUGUUCUCAUAACACCUUAAACAGUGAACACACAUCAUUUUAAGGAGACUGACAUGUCAGCUAAUGUGUAGAGAGCUCUUUAAUAAAGCUUGACAAUAGUGUUCUCUAUCAAAAGUCAUUGUGGCAUGUUUACAUACUUGGUGGUGCUGGUGAAGGACAUUCAUUGUAAAGACUUGUUUUGAUGUUCACAUCUUUGCAAGUUUUUCCACUUUCUACUUCAAGAUUUUCUUCACUGUUUUUUCUCAAAGGAGCUGUUUUUGGCUUUCCCGUGAAAAUACCAAUGACUGCCACCAAAGAAAAAGGAAAGUUAAUUGAAGAAAAUGCACAUAUUUAGCUAUAUUGUUAAAGCAGUGCAGCAUACUUCUCAGUUCCGCAGGACAGCUGGGAGCACAGCAGAUAUGGCUUCUUAUUUUUUAACCUGUGCCAAAGAAAAGUGUUUUUGAUACACUGGAUGUUUAGCAGACACUUUUUGAACUGUACAUUGUUCAGCAUGGGCUAUUUGCUAAAUUGGGAAGAAGCCUAAAUGCAAACGAUCUGGGGUCCAUGAGAGUCAAUAUGUUCUGUAUUGAUUUUUACUGAUAAGACAGUAUAGGGUUGUGAACUUAGAUUUGCAAAUGAGGCAAUUAAUCAGAACUGUUGCACAGAAAUGCUGGAGAGUGUUCGAUCUGUAUUGAAAGAAAAACAACAGAUUCUUCUCCAAGGCAGGUACUCACAUAGUGCAGACAGGAUGGAAAGGAGUUAAACAGAUGUGAGCUUCUCAUAGAAGAAGAGUUUAAGCAUAUUAAUUGAUUGCAGCACACGCUGCUUCGGUUUACUGAUGUCUUAAAUAGCAUUCUUCUUUUGAUAUUCAAAACAUUCAAAAUUAAAUGGUCUCUGGUCAUUCUGGUUCUAUGCAUUUAUGGAGACAUUGGAUUACUUUUUUGUUAGACAAUGUAAAUGUAAGAGGGUACACAUCUGAAGCAUUUGAAUUCUGUUUCUAUUUUGAUGUUGGGCCUUGAAAAAGAUAAGUUUGUCUCAGAGCAUACUGAAUGUACAGACUGGUGAACACAAUGGCUUCCAAUUUUAAAAAGACUGGAGUAUUCCACUGCAUGUUGUACUGGUACAUUACAUGCCGAAAACAUUAUCAGUUGACCGUCAAUUUGCUCUUAACAUAGUACUUUAAGCAACAUGUAGGGGUGCCCCCAGUGCAUUGCAGAUCUGUAGAUGGUUAAAUGCAUUGAAUUCCUUUUUCUUUUGAUGCAGAACGUUAAGAAAUGUACUUGACAAAAUGUAUGCUAAAUUUGUGGAUUUCAUUAUUCAUUUCAGACAAUUUUGAUCUGAAUGCUGUUAAUUUAAUAUGAUAGCGUUUGCAAUUAACGUUACAUAUGCAGAUUCUAAAAUGCACUAAAUUUAAUUUUUACAGUGAUGCAACGUACAUAAAGAAAUAAAGAUGACCUCACUGAUUAGAUUCAGUUUUGCUUACAAAAAUAUUUCAGUGCAUGGCUAUCAAAGUACUCUGUUUACAGUUACUACAUGAUGCCAGCAUCUUGAGUGGUGCAUGAAUUUUCAAUUUUGUAACAUUCCAUUUUCAUUUUGAUAAGCGUGGUUCAUAAAAAUCUUCAGAUGACAGUGCAUGCCAGUUCCCAAUUGUGCUCUGGCUGAUUGAACCCAUACAAUCCUAUAUUGAUAACACUGCACGUUGGCAGCAAGCAAUGCAUAUAAACUGGAUUUCAAUGAGCUUGUGAUGCCAGAUAUUUAUAAAAUUAAUACUGUGCCUUUGCAUUCUGGACAUUUUUUUUAAUUUCAUAGGAUUGCACUUUACUUUUGAUGCAGAGAGUUUGUAAAGAUGAGAUGAUACCUGAUCAUGCUGUGUUUGGACAUGCUCAAGCCCUCAGCCUGCCAUUCUGAUGUUAAUGCUGGGUAUGGACAGAGGUAAGAUGUUCCUCGUGCAUACUAGAAUUAGAGAUGUGUUAAGACUUUGCACUAUUUUUAUGUGAAGCUUCAUCAAAUUUAAACUAAUUGCCCAUCAGAUAAGGCGUUGAAGUGUAUUUUUCAUUACUAUUACUAUUACUGUUAAACAUGACAUCGAUAACCGUACAUCCUGUGCCAGCAUAUGCAGGAAUUGCAUAGGCUCAACCAGUCACUCUUGAAAAAGACACAUUUUAUUGUAUUUUUAACUGGCUAAGUUAAGUGGUUGUGACUUUCAUUAAAAGUUCUUAUAUUUUUUGUAAGAUUGUUUGAUGUGCACUGUAUUGGAGUAAGAAAGGCAAUUUGCUCACAUUAGUAUUUAUGUUUAUUGGAAUCACUGUAGAUGUGAUUUAAAUCAGAAGUUAUAUUGAGUAAAGUGGCAUUUAUUUGUACUGGGAUUUUUGCUUUGUUUUGCUUUAUCCUUCUUAGCACUUUUGUAAUUUAUUUCUACAUAUCAAUAUAAUUUGUCUUGUUAAAAACAAACUGAAAUUGGGCAGAGUUGUAUAAGUUAUUGCUGCAUGUGAUCUUUAAUUCGAUAAUUCACAUAUAAAUAAAGAAUUAUACCCUCCAGUUCA